AUGAAGAUUUUAAAUUUGGUGGUACCCUCUAUUUUAUUCUCCAAUUUAGCCAUCGGAAGAAAACUUCCAAGUCUUAAAGAAAAAUUGCCUUCUAACGCAACAUUACUGGCAGAUGAUUCAAAAGUCCAUAUACUUCCAAUAGAUGUUGAUAAGAAAAAGGCUCAGAAUAGUACUUUAUCACAGCCAGAAAUAUGCAAGAAAGAAAGUCACCAGAUUUCUUCCGCCCAAGAACUAAACGGUUUACAAUCCCAAUGCACCUCAGUUGCCGGUUCUAUAGAAAUUAUGUCAGAUUAUUUAGAUUCAACUGUCGAUUUUGGAAUGUUGAAAAAUGUUGAAGGUGGGGUUAAAAUUUCAAAUUCACCACAUAUUGUUGAUAUUCAAGGAAAGGAUCUUCAAAAUAUUCAUGGAACAUUUACACUUUCAAACUUAACAUCAUUUGUCUCUUUGAAUUUACCAUCAUUUAUUUAUACAAGAGCAGUUGAGUGGGAGAUUUUACCAAUUUUUAGUAGAGUUUUACUAAACAACAAAAUAAUUAAAGUUCGAAAUAUUGUUAUUUCGGAUACCGCCUUGGCAGAUAUAGAUUGUUUCAAAGAAAUAAACGAGACUGAUAUUUUCAGCAUCAAUAAUAAUAGGUUUUUAGAAACUAUUGAAUCCAAUAUCAAUAUAAUAAACCAAGAUUUGACCAUUCAUGCCAAUGCAAAAGAUUUAGAAGUGGACAUGAGCCAAUUAGUCUCGGUUAAAAAUUUAACAAUAAGAGAUACCGCCAAAGUUUUUUUUCCCAAACUUGAAUAUGUCAACCGUUCCUUUGAAAUAAUUGAGAAUACAUUUACUGAGUUGGAUGUUUCAAACUUAAAGACAAUUGAAGGUACACUUGGAUUAAUAAAUAAUACUGAAUUGACAAAAAUUGAUAUGAAUAAACUAACAACAAUCAAAGGAGGUGUAAUGAUCUCAAACAAUACUAAACUGGAGCAUAUUGAUUUCUUACCUAAUUUGAGACAAAUUGAUGGUGCAAUUUACUUUGAGGGUAAAUUUAAAGACACAGAUUUUCCCGAACUUAGACUUGUUAAGGGAAGCGCAUAUAUUAAAUCAACAUCUGAAGAUUUAGAUUGUGCCAAAUGGACAAAAGUAGUAAACCAAAAAUCAAUUAUAAGAGGGGGAAAAAUUAAUUGUAUUUCUGCCAAAAGAGAAAAGGCUGUUGAACUCAAUAAUGAAGGUGAAGUAUUAAAGGAAAUGGAAACUUCCCAUGAAUUGGAGACCAAUAAGACUAGUACGGGAGAAAAAAAAGAACUUCUUAAAGAGAAAAGUAGUGGCACUAUAUUAAAACCUCUUUCCUUUGGUGGGUUAGUAUUCUGUCUCUCCCUCUUCUUGUUCCAUUGA